CCCCAUUCUACUUGCCAUGCUUCCCUACUGCCGUUGAGAAUCCUAGAGAAGAACGCCCCCCCCCCCCGCAGACCUCUGCGGUGUUUCCAUCUCUAUCUCUGGUCAAUUCCUCAGCUCAAGCAUCUAAGCAAGCAAGCAUCCCUUGAAUCUUGAUACUAUAAACAGUCGCACUCCGGUGCGCUCGAAGCAGAGAUGGCACCCGCGCGCUCCUCCAUCCCCGACUCGGAUCCCACGUCUCAGGCAGACACUCCGAUGAGCGACGCGAAUGAGGAGGCAGUUACUUCCAUUCCCGUUGAUAAGCCUGACGCGAACAUGACGGAUUACCAGGAUACUCCGGAUUAUACGGAUUCGGAUACCAACCCGAAUACAACGGCUAGCAGUAUUGCAGGCGAUGUGGCCCCCUUGGAUGGCCGGAAGAAAAGAUCGGAAGCUUUCCAGCUGCGCAAGAGUGUGCUGGGCAAGAAGCACGGCCGUCUGGACGAGUCAAAGGAAGAUGACUCGAUUCGAAGAUUCCGCUAUCUACUCGGUUUGACGGACCUGUUCCGUCACUUUAUCGAAACGAACCCCAAUCCCCGAAUCAAGGAGAUCAUGGCCGAGAUUGACCGGCAAAAUGAGGAGGAAGAGGCCAAUGCCAAGAAAGUGUCUUCGCGCAAGGGCGGUGCUGGAAACGAGAGGCGCCGUAGGACAGAACAGGAGGAGGAUGCAGAGCUAUUGCGAGACGAAAAAUCAGGCGGUCAGACGAAUACGGUCUUCCGAGAGUCGCCCGCUUUCAUCCACGGUGAAAUGCGUGACUACCAGAUCGCAGGUCUGAACUGGCUAGUAUCGCUCCACGAGAAUGGAAUUUCCGGUAUUCUGGCAGACGAGAUGGGUCUCGGGAAGACGUUGCAGACCAUUUCUUUCAUCGGGUACCUGCGCCAUAUCUGUGGCAUUACGGGCCCCCAUUUGGUGGCUGUCCCCAAAUCUACCCUCGACAACUGGAAGCGGGAGUUCCAGAAAUGGACACCAGAGGUCAACGUCCUGGUCCUUCAGGGUGACAAGGAGGAACGCCAGCGCUUGAUCACUGAACGCCUUGUCGAUGAGAAAUUCGACGUCUGCAUCACCAGUUACGAGAUGAUCCUCAGGGAGAAAUCGCAUCUGAAGAAGUUCGCUUGGGAGUACAUCAUCAUUGACGAGGCCCAUCGUAUCAAGAACGAAGAAUCGUCCCUGUCUCAGAUCAUUCGAGUCUUCAACUCUCGCAAUCGUCUGCUGAUUACCGGAACCCCGUUACAAAACAACCUCCAUGAGCUCUGGGCUCUCCUCAACUUCCUCCUGCCCGAUGUCUUUGGUGAUUCUGAGGCCUUCGAUCAAUGGUUCUCCAGCCAAGAUGCCGACCAAGAUACCGUUGUCCAGCAGUUACACCGCGUCUUGCGACCGUUCCUUCUCCGUCGUGUCAAGAGCGAUGUCGAGAAGAGUUUGUUACCCAAGAAGGAAAUCAAUGUGUAUGUGGGAAUGUCUGAAAUGCAGGUCAAAUGGUACCAGAAGAUCCUGGAAAAGGAUAUCGAUGCUGUCAACGGCGCUGCUGGCAAGCGCGAAUCGAAGACUCGCCUGCUGAACAUCGUCAUGCAGCUCCGCAAGUGCUGCAACCACCCGUACCUGUUCGAGGGAGCUGAACCCGGUCCUCCUUACACGACAGAUGAGCAUCUUGUCUACAACGCAGGCAAGAUGGUUAUCCUGGACAAGAUCUUGACUCGUAUGAAGAAGCAGGGAAGCCGUGUCCUCAUCUUCUCACAGAUGAGCCGAGUUUUGGACAUCCUGGAGGAUUACUGUGUCUUCCGAGACCACCAGUACUGCAGAAUCGAUGGUACAACUGCUCACGAGGAUCGUAUUGCUGCUAUCGACGAGUACAACAAGCCGAAUUCGGAGAAGUUCAUCUUCCUUCUCACCACCAGAGCAGGUGGCCUUGGAAUCAACCUCACGACUGCGGAUAUCGUUGUUCUGUAUGAUAGCGACUGGAAUCCUCAGGCAGAUCUUCAAGCUAUGGACCGUGCGCAUCGUAUCGGACAGACAAAGCAGGUGGUCGUCUUCCGGUUUGUUACGGAGAAUGCCAUUGAAGAGAAGGUGCUGGAGCGUGCUGCUCAAAAGCUACGGUUGGAUCAGCUUGUCAUCCAACAGGGUCGGGCUCAACAGCAAGUCAAGAACGCUGCGUCGAAGGAUGAAUUGCUUGGCAUGAUCCAGCAUGGUGCUGCCAGUGUCUUCCAGACUAAGGGUGGCACGGGAGCGCUGGCCGCCGGCAAUGAUGUUAGUGAGGAUAUUCUGGAUGAGAUCCUCAAGAAGGGCGAGGAGCGUACUGCCGAGCUCAACAAGAAAUAUGAAAAGCUUGGUAUCGAUGAACUCCAAAAAUUCACUACCGACAAUGCGUACGAAUGGAAUGGGCAGGAUUUCACCGAGCGCAAGAAAGAGAACAUCAGCCUCAACUGGAUCGAGCCUGCCAAGCGCGAGCGCAAGGAGCAGUUUUAUUCCAUUGACAAGUACUACAGACAGGCUUUGUCUACUGGUGGCAGAACUGCUGAUCCCAAGCCCAAGGUUCCUCGGGCUCCUAAGCAGAUUGCCAUCCAUGACUGGCAGUUCUUCCCGCCAGGUCUGCAAGAGCUACAGGAGAAGGAGACGGCGUACUUCCAUAAGGAGAUUGGUUACAAAGCCGUCCUCCCCGAUGGACCGGAAGAGGAACUGAGCGAACGCGAAGCCGAGCGUGACUUGGAACAGCAGGAAAUCGACAAUGCUGUGCCACUGACGGAAGAAGAGCAGGCAGAGAAGGCUCGCAUGUCUGAGGAAGGUUUCGCCAACUGGAACCGUCGAGACUUCCAGCAAUUCAUCAACGGUUCCGCCAAAUUUGGCCGGACUGACUACGAAGGUAUUGCUACGGAGGUCGACAGCAAAACGCCGGAAGAGGUGAAGGAGUAUGCCAAGGUCUUCUGGAAGCGAUACACGGAGAUCCAGGACUAUCCCAAGUACCUGCGUGUGAUCGAGCAGGGAGAGGAGAAGAUGCGAAAGAUGAACCAUCAGCGCAAGAUGCUCCGCAAGAAGAUGGAAAUGUAUCGCGUCCCUCUGCAGCAGCUUAAGAUCAACUACACUGUCUCCACGACCAACAAGAAAGUCUACACUGAAGAGGAAGACCGCUUCCUGCUGGUCAUGCUGGACCGCUACGGCGUGGAUGGCGAGGGCCUUUACGAGAAGAUCCGGGACGAGAUCCGAGAGAGCCCUCUGUUCCGCUUCGACUGGUUCUUCCUCAGCCGUACUCCGGUUGAGAUCGGCCGACGUUGCACGACGCUCCUGAACACGAUCGCUCGUGAGUUUGAAGGACCGGAUGGCAAGAGUAACGGCGAGGGCGGCAAAGGCCGCGGCCGUGACCGCGACGAGGAGGAUGAAAACGAGGAAGAGGAGGCGCCGGCGAAGAAGAAGAGCAAGAACGGAGUCGUGGUAAGCAACAAGCAAGUCAAGGCCGUCAAGGGUGGCAGCAAAAACACCUCGACCGCGACCUCCAGAGCCGGCAGCGUCUCCUCAACGACCGCAUCCAAGUCGAAGGGCAAAAAGAAAUAAUAGAAGACUCUCCUUUCAGUUUUCCCAAGAGCCCCGAAGCACCCUGGUCGUGUGUGUUCUAUACUCUAGUUUAUUGGUUGGGUA